UGAUUUCAUCCUUUUGCGACGGAAUCUAUUUGUUCAUUUUUCUUCCUUUUAAUUAAAUACGCCUACGUAAUUAUAUACUUGUUUUUCUAAGUGCAAAAAAACUAUGACGCAAAUGCUAAGAAAAACUUUAUGAUUAAGAUUAUAUAAAUUAUAUUUGUUCGGAUAUAAUUAUUAUUUAAUUAGAUAAAAUUGUAAAAUCACUUGGAAUCCGAUCUAAAAUAAUUUCAAACGUAAGAUUGAAAUGCGAAUAACUCUUACCGUACAUUUACUUUAAAAUUACGGUACGAUACGGGCGAUUUGGUACCAGUUGCGAGCAGUUGCGAGUCUACAUUUACUACGUCUAUGAGCGCCAUAUGGGUAAACGUCAUGGUCAUGGAAGUAUCGUGUCAAUAGUAGAUCUACAUCGUACACAUAGAAGAACCUAAGUAGGCUAGGCAGGCACCUGGGUGCAAAGGACAUCCAUGGCACGCAUAAUGAUACGGAGCAACGAGGUGGGGAGAGGGUCAACCAGUGGAUGACGGAGCAGAUUGCCUCGAUUCUCCGUGGACAGCUGAGGAAUUGAAGAGAGAUUGGAAAGCAGUAUCGGCCCCGCGAAACGCAGGUAGUGCACUUCUCUUCCUCGCCGAAGAGGUUAAGCCCAGUGCGAUGAUACUGGAGUGAAAGUCGACUGCCAAACAGUAAGAAUCGAACUCUCGAGAGACGCGAUGGCAACGGGCAAGCGACGCAGCAUCCACACGUCGUCCGGAAACCCCGGCGCGUCCGGUUUUCCCGGCAGCGGGCUGCGGUCGAGCAGCCGGAUGAACUUCCGGCCGAGCAACGCGCAGCAGGAGGACCGCGGCGGCACCCGACCGACCGCGGCGCCGAGCUCGAUCGGCCUCGUCCUGGUCACGAUGCUGCUGCACGUGUGCAAGAAGUCGCUGCUGUUCGACACCCGGCUCAAGGUGGCCCUCUACUGCGGCACGAUAUUCACGGUCUCCCUGAUCGCGGACUUCGUCGCGAUGCCGCGCACCUACUUCUCCAGAUCCGACAACGUCCUGAAUCAGUACUUCGUCAAGUGGGGCUGGGGCUGGCUGCUGUCCGUGAUCGUGCCCUGGGUCGUCCUGACGGCGCACACCCUGGGCUGCGGCCGUCGGCCGAUCCUGCUGAGGCACCUGACCCGCAUCGUGUUCGCCACCGUCGCCUGGUUCGUCUGGACGAAGCUGUUCAAUUACAUCGAGACCAACUACGGCAGAUGCCUGGGCACCCGCGACAUGCAGAUGCAGUCCAAGGCCAAGUGCCUGCAGUCGGGGAGAUUCUGGAGCGGCCUCGAUAUAUCCGGCCACACGUUCAUCCUGAUCUACUCGAGUCUAAUCCUCGCCGAGGAGGGCUCCUCCCUCGUGGGGUGGGAGGGCAUCAAGGAUCUGGUAAUGCGGGAGGAGCACACGCGGUCUGUGCCGACCGAGACCAGCACCGGUCCGUUGCGCAGUCUCUCCGACGGUGACUUGGAGUUCCUGAAGAAGGCGCACCGGGCUCUCACACCAUAUCUACGCGGCCUCUUCGUGGUGAUGACGUUGCAGCAGCUGCUCUGGGACAUCAUGUUGGUGUCGACGAUGCUCUACUAUCACAUCAUGAUCGAGAAGUUCCUGGGCGGCGUGGCCGCGGUCGUCACGUGGUACGUCACGUAUCAGUGGUGGUACAAGCUGACGGGGUGCCACUUGCCAGCGCCCGGCGACGGCCUCUUCAGAUACAACGAGGUGAAGACGAAUCCGGAGGUCAGCGCCAGGGCGAGGCGCAGCACGCUGAAUGGCACCAAUCAGCCGAGGUUUAUGGGGAUGCCGAUCAGAACGACGGCGACGUCGGCGAUGCAAGAGCCCGCGGAGCCGAAUUCGUCGCACAGACAAGCGGACCUCGACGUGUCCGCUACGAGGGGGUAAAAACAUGUCGUCCUCGACGAAGCGUCGCUCACUCUCACAUCUCGGGAACUCCUGUUCCCUUGUUGGAUAUUUGCAACGUUUGGUGAUCGCGCAGCGUGGACCACAGGGACUGAGUAUUUUGAGAAUGUCCAGAUAACGCUUAUAUAAUGCCUUAUUAUGUUCCACGAAAUUUCCAAUUAAGAAUCUUGACACUUAAAAACAAUUAUCAUAACUCAUCAAUUGAAUUGUAUCGAGAAAAUUUACGUAAAAUGUACAGUAUAUAUUUGAAUAAGCAUCUGGAUAUAGGGUCGAUUUUUUUUCGAAUGUAAGAAUUAUGUACAUUUAUAUAAAAUUUCGUUCGAAGGAUAUAUGUAGAUGCCUUCAUUUGGCUCUCUACAUGUACUUAAAUAAAAGAUUUCGACACACCCGCGCAUGCAUUGGGAUAUCAUGGAUUUAGUGCAAUACAGCAGCAGCUAAGCUUGUCCAAAUGGAGCAACCUCGUGCUUUUAAUUUAUAUGCUUUUAAAUUAUUUCACAUAGGAUAAUAAACAGGAGUGUGUGUGCCUGUUUUUUUGUUUCGGUUGUUGGAUUGUUUUCAAGAGGAAAAGGAAAGACACAUUUAUUUAAAGUUUAAAAUCGGUGUCUUCGAUUCUGAGUUUUGUUUUGUAACUUACUAUUUAAUAAAGACUGUUGUUAACAAAGCGUCCGUUUUCCUUAAGUUAACAGGCUGUUUUACGACAUGAAAUUAACGUAGCGUUUAUACGCUAUGCUGUAUUUAUACACGGAAGGAAAGUACAAAAUAUAUAUAUAUAUAUAUGGUAUAUAUAGUUCUCAUUAUGAAAUCUUUCUUCCUCGCGCGUAGUACAAUCGUUGCAUUUAAAGGAGUAUUUCCCUCUUAUUUUUAAUUGUUUAAUACCGCAGGUCACUAAUCUUUACUGAACGUUUCUAAUUCGAUAAUAACAAAAAAAAAGCCACGUUCUGAGUUGUAUCAUAUAAGAUGAUAACAUUUUGCUUUCCAAACGAAAAAUUUUAGUGAAGAUAAAAAUUAUUGUGAUAACAAGACAAGUAUAUAUAUAUAACUUGCAAAAUUUGUUGUAAUUAAUUUUUUUUUUAAUUACAGACUGAACUUGUCUGUUAAUUAACGAAAAAUGACAGUAUCAUGUAUCUCUGAUUACUGCUGGCUUUCGUAUUAGCAAACUUCAACUUUACGAAAAAUAAUAUCAAUUUAGCAGCACUGCCUAAAAUAAUUGUAACAAAAUGAGCUCUCUAUCGCUGAUUUUAUACCUACGAGUUGCAGAAUAUUUCUCACAUUUGGCAACAUAGAGAUCUUCGACAAUCCACUCUACGGUGUUUAAUACUUUGAUGUUAGGAGUAAAAAAUAAAGUAGAAUAGACAUUUGUACAGACACGACAA